AGGAGGACAUCCGUCGUCGCUGCUCUUUUCUGCUUCACCGUUUGGGGCUACGGUUUGGGUUAGGGUUUCGGUUGCUUCUUCUCCUAACAAUUCCUCCCAUGGACGCGAUCACAGAGGGCGUGAACAAUCUCAGCGUCACUGAUUCGAACACUGAUUCGAACAAGGAGAAUCGGAUCCAGGUCUCUAAUACCAAGAAGCCACUCUUCUUCUACGUCAACCUCGCCAAGAGGUAUAUGCAACAGCAUAAUGAAGUCGAGCUUUCAGCUCUUGGAAUGGCCAUUGCAACUGUUGUGACUGUUGCGGAGAUUCUGAAGAACAAUGGUCUUGCCGUUGAGAAGAAGAUUAUGACGUCUACUGUUGAUAUGAAGGAUGAAUCAAGGGGGAGACCCAUCCAAAAAGCAAAGAUUGAGAUAUUGUUGGGGAAGACAGAGAGCUUUGAUGAAUUGAUGGCUGCUGCAGCAGAGGAGAGAGUUGUGGGAGAUGGCGAGGCGCAGAGCUGAAGAAAUAGAUCCUUCUUGGUUUCUGUUUGCUAUGCCAGUUUUGUUUGUUUGCCUGGGUAUUAGUUAGAUAGUCCAUUAUUAAAAUCGCUGCAGUGUGCUUUCUUCUUAAGAUCUCAUUUUAUCAUUGAAGUUUCCUUGUAGUAAUGAGUGUCGUAUUUUUUAGAGAUUGAAUUGAGAGGUCUUUUAAUCUUCUUAGUAUGUCAAGAUUUCCUUCGUUGAAAAAUUCAUAAUUCAUAAGAGGGAGGUGAUUCAAACCUA